UUAUUGAAUGCAUUUUUACUUUCAGGGUGAUUGUCGUUCCUACAGUUAUGUGUGUGGAAUCUCCAGUAAAGAUGAGCCUGACUGGGAAUCACUUAUUUUCCUGGCUAGGCUUAUACCUCGCAUGUGUCACAACAUUAACAGAGUUGUCUAUAUAUUUGGCCCACCAGUUAAAGAGCCUCCUACGGAUGUUACUCCCACUUUCUUGACAACAGGGGUGCUCAGUACUUUACGCCAAGCUGAUUUUGAGGCUCAGAACAUUCUCAGGGAGUCCGGUUAUGCUGGAAAAAUCAGUCAGAUGCCGGUGAUUUUGACACCAUUACAUUUUGAUCGGGACCCCCUUCAGAAGCAGCCUUCAUGCCAGAGAUCUGUGGUUAUUCGAACCUUUAUUACUAGUGAUUUCAUGACUGGUAUACCUGCAACACCUGGCAAUGAGAUCCCUGUAGAGGUGGUGUUGAAGAUGGUCACUGAGAUUAAGAAGAUUCCUGGUAUUUCUCGAAUUAUGUAUGACUUAACAUCAAAGCCCCCAGGAACUACUGAGUGGGAGUAAUAAACUUCUUGUUUCACUAAA